GGGCCGCGUCGCCCAUCGAGUGUGGGGCUGGCUUCUCCCAGGAUUUCCCACACCCGUGACUCUGGCUCCCAUUUCAGAUCCGACAUUAAGGAAGUGUGCCGUGCUAAAUCAUCCAUUAGCUGCAGGUCUCUCCAGUGGGGAAUGUGUGAGAGCUCUGGUCAGUGUCUGCUUCUCACACUUCAGCCCCAUUCAGCAUGCCGCCCCACCCUGCUGCCGCUGAUCCAGCACGCUUCAUUAUUCCUGCUCUCAAUAGACCAUCUGGUCCUCUGCUUGUGCACACAAAGCUUCCCGCUCUCCCACACGCACCUCAAAGCCGCAGCCGCGUUCUGAUUGGCUCAAAAGUGUGGGAAACCGAAGACGCGCCGGAUCAGGGCGUAUAUAACGGGGCCCUGCAGCAGAAGACACACACUCGAGUAAGUGACAGCAAACAAACUGCAGUCAGAAUGGCUCCUACUGUCUGCAAACUGACUCACACUGGAAAGGAAAAAACUAAAACGAGGAAACCAGAGGUGGAAAAGAUGCGCAGAGAUCGUAUUAACAGAUGCAUCGAGCAGCUUAAAGUUCUUCUGAAAGCCGAGAUAAAAGCCAGCCAGCCCUGUUCUAAACUAGAGAAGGCUGAUGUCCUGGAAAUGGCUGUCAUUUACCUGAAGAGCAACGCCUGUCCGAGCGCGCAUGCGCAGAGCUACGCGCACGGUUUCUCCAGGUGUAUAGAGGAGACGGCGCGAUUCAUGGCGCAACAGAUCGCCAAGCCAGUUGUAAUGGGACAGUGCGACACAACCCAGCGAGCCGAAGUGAGCGCGGAAUCUGCUGGUGACAGCUGUCAGAUCGCGUCAAAGAGCAGCGGACAGCAUGCGCUCUGGAGGCCCUGGUGAUCUUCACGAAGACAUACAGAGAAUAGACGGUUUCUCUAAACAGAAAAACACUUGGUUUUUAUAAAACGUCGAUGUAGACAGUAGCUGUCACGACGCAGAGAAUGUACCAGUCUACCCCAUACCUGAGUCUGAGAGCGCCUAUCUAUUGCGUUACUUCACCUGUGUGGAGAUGAACUUUAUUUACAUAUUGUAAAGAUGAGGAAUACAUCACCUCAUUAUGUUUCCGUUGAAAAUGAUCUUUUUAAUGAGGUCUGUAACCUUUAGAGGUGUUAAAUCCGUCAUACUGAUGGAAUGUGUAACAGUGUCUCAUCAUGUUGAGUUCAGAAAAAAAAUAAACUAAAAUUA